GAUUCCAUAAACAGAAGAGAGAUGGAUUUGGAUUCCAAUGGUAAGUUUGCAUCUAUGUGUUUGUUUUUAUUCUUGAGUUUCAUUGAUUGCUAACCAUGGUUGUAUUCAAAGAUGAAAAAUGGAUUGAUAAAUGUCCAAUCUGCACCACAGAUCGAUAUUUCUCUCCAGAUAUGAAGUUUUUGGUGAAUUUGGAGUGCUACCAUCGGAUGUGUGAGUCUUGUGUAGACAGGAUAUUUGGAUCAGGACCAGCAUUGUGUCCAUAUCAGAACUGUGGUAAAACAUUGAAGAAAAGGCAGUUUAAAGAGCAAAUAUUUGAUGAUAUUAAUAUUGAAAAAGAGGUUGAUAUUAGGAGAAGAGUCUGCAAGAUAUUUAAUAAAACCGAAAGCGAUUUUAAAAAACCUGGGGAAUAUGAUUUGUAUUUGGAAAAGAUUGAAGAUAUGGUAUAUAAUUUGACGAAUGAAAUCGAUGUGGAAAAGACAGAAGAAGAGCUACUAAAAUAUGAAGAAGCUAAUAGAGGGCUCAUUAAUAUCAAUAAUGAUAGAGUGAAACAAAAUUUAAUCAAGUUCCAGCAAAAGCAAGAAAUGGAGAAAAACUUAAGAGAACAAAAACGAAAAUUGAAGGAGGAAUCUCUUCUUGAACAACAAGAAGAUGAGUUAUAUUACGAAAAAGAAGUCAAAAGAAAAUUACUAGAUUCUGCAUCAGAUGUUCCCGCUGAAAAAAUUAUAAAUCAAUUGAAAUUUGAAUUUGAACAAAGAACUGAAAUGAGAAAGAAAAAAUUAGAUGAAUCUAUCAAAGCAUUGACAUCGCAAUUAACAAAUAGCGAUAUUGAAAAAGACAAAAAUAAAAAAGUAACCACACCAUUUACGCCUUAUGAUGGUGAUAAGGAUUUGGAAUUUAAGUUUACAUUAAAUGAUUCAUAUGACGAUUUUGCUACAAAUAAUGCUAAAAAUAAUCCAGCUUAUCUUGCUGGUGGAUGGAGAGUGGAACAAGUUUACGAACGAGCUUUACAACAGGCUUUUAUUGGAAUUGGUUGUUUUAUUGACGAGAAGGUGGUCCUGAGUUCUCAAGGAAUUGAAUCAUUUUAAAUUGAAGACAAGAAACAAAUUCAUUGAUAAUUUAAAUCAGAAUCAGGCAAGAUGGGAACGAAUUGCACAUUAAAAAUCCCAAAAGAAUGACAAUAAAUAUAACAAGUCCUUGCAUUUCAGUUAAUGAUUUUAAUCUCUAAGUUACUAUCACGAAUUAAUACUGUAUCCUAAAUCAAAUUUUAGUAAAACAGGUGUUAUUAAAAUUAAAUGAUAGUUUCCUGUAUUAUCAAAAGGUUUCAAUAAACAGCCAUUAUUUCGUCUGUUUUUUCGUUUUUUUUAAUUUAUCAUAGGAAUAAGUUCCCAUUUUUUUAAUCUCGGUCCAUUUUGAGUCUGCAAUUGCUGGGGUAUGGAAGAAUAGGCCUCUUUUCACAACCAUAAAUUGAGGUUUUACAUGGGUUUAAGGCUGGGUUUGAGUUUUUAGGAUACACUUUGUGCAACAUUUAUAGAGCAGUAAUUUGUAGUUAUAUUCCAGCUGAAAUG